AUGUUUCUCGGGCCAAACAGCAUUGGCCCAUACUGUCAAAAAAGAGCUUGCCCUUCGGCUGCGCCAAAACCAGCUCUUCCUUCACAUCACCCACAUGGUGGGGCUCAGCCAGAAAAGUUGCCUUUACAAAUGAGUUGGGACCCCAAGUCCCGUGAUCAGAAUGGGGAUCUUCUGCUUGCCACUCAUCAAGAAACGAUGGUGAUGGUGGGACCUCCUGCUCCUCGUCCGAGGAAGCCCCAUAAGUUGGAAAGUUUACGGGCCGUGUACGUUUUUCCUUCUUUAGAGGAGCUUUACCCUUAUUGGGUUUUGAUUUUUGACCCUUUGUCUAUCCAGUGGAGAGUGUGUGGCAGUAGGAGAGUGCCUGUGGAGUUGCAAGCGUAG